AUGGCCACCAGUCCCAACCGCAAGAACGUCGACGACAUGUUCGACGAGUUGUCGCAGCGCUACAUUGACAAUUUCCGCAAAUCGACGACCGGCGAGAAGCAGUCUAAUCACCAGCCUCGCAGUAACUGGCUCCGCGGCAUCCCCGCCGUACCCAUAACCGACGAGAGCAACGACAAGGGCAACGCCGACCCCUUUGCCAACGGCGACGUCGACGUCGACAUGGUCCGACAGCUCUGCACCGCCGCCGGCGCUCUGGAGCUGAGCGACGACAAGAGCGACGAUAGAGACAAGGAUCCUCGCACCCUCGACGACAGCGAGUACUACACCCUCGUUGGCGACGACGAUGGCCGGCCCCUUCUCACAACUUCGUCGCCGAGAAUCGUGACUGCCGUCGCCGACGGCAAUGCCACCACUAACGGCAACGACGACGACGAAGAAUAUGCCGAGAUCGUCCUCAAUGUCGCCGCACAGGCAACCACGCUUGAUCCACAAGCACAGGAGUUUGUUCCCAACCCCAAACUCCGCCUUGUCCAAACUCGCUAUGGUCUCUUCCCCGAGACCAUGUUCAUCGAGAUGAGCUGUCGGCCACACCUGCGCACUCGCGCAUUCUACAAUGAAUUGCAGCCCUACAUGCGGGAUUGGCACGACCUGGUCGCGGCCGAGGGCCUGGAGGAUGUACACGCACAACUCAUGUACCACCCGAACAGUCAUGAUUUCCGUUUUGAGCAACUCAUGGGUGUUCGCAGAUGA